GUUACUCUCCUGCUCCUGCAUUUAAAUUCCUAUCAAGUUCCAAUGAUGGUUUCAAAAUCAAGUGGUGAUCUCUGGGAAGAAAUUUUCUCCGAAGAAGAUGGUAAUCUUGACCGUGGCAGUGAUUUUGGGAACUCAUUAAAGCCGAAAGAACCAGAAAUCACCGUGUUGUAUCGAAGGCGAAAAUGCCAGAAUCCUAGCAAAGAUGUUGUAACAGAAAGAAGGCGGUCAAAUUCAAGUUCGACUUCGCUAAAUGAGAAUCGGGUGAGUUUAGUGCCUGCUAAACGAGUUAGUUGGAAUCGAUCACUUUCCACUAGGGGAAGGACAAGCAUCACAGUUGAGGCAUUUGUGGGCUACCAACCUCAACAAAGGAAAAGUAAAAGGAAAGGGAAACCACCUCUUCCCAAGGGAAAAAUUAUACAGACUCCCAGCUUUGAUAAAGAGAUUGCAUAUUUUAAAGAGGUUGAUUCCUUCGAGUUGUUGGAGGAAAGCCCCUCACCUAAGAGAUCUGGUACAUGGCUCAUGGGUGUCCAAACUGAUAAGGUGGCCAUACCGCAUUUGUCAUCUGUGCUGCGGAAAUGGCUAAUUGCUCAAAAACAAGGUUGUGGGCCUCCCCUUUCUCUGACAAAGAUAUUGCAAACUCCAGCAGUUUGCAAGGAAUCUGUUUCUUCAGCUCUCAGAACCUUGGAAGAUGGAUCCCUUCCAAUCCAUCCAAGCUUAUCUAUCCAGAACAGAAUCAACUUUAGUUCUCUGAGUGGAGAUUUCUCCAUAAGGCCUUCUGCAGCAGAAAGGUGUAGCGAGAAGAGCUGUGAGGAUAUUCAAGUUGCAGUUGGUAAACUCUCCCUGACUUCAUACCAUGAUUCACAGGAUGGUCUGGGCUGGGAUCCACUGUUGGCUCUGUUGACAGCCUGUGGACAGUCAGCUCCUUCAACACUAUUGGAUGUACUUUUAAGUUACUGUGAUUCAGAAAACACAUCAAAGGUUGGUGAAGGAACAUUUGGAGAAGCAUUCAAGGUGGGUGAGACUGUGUGCAAGAUUGUCCCAUUUGGUGGAGAUUUUCGGGUCAAUGGAGAAGUGCAAAAGAGACCAGAAGAACUACUUGAGGAGGUGAUGCUAUCCUGCACUCUUAAUAGGCUAAGACGUCAUGGGGAUGAUGUCUUGAAUGCAUGUACUUCCUUUAUACAAACAAUAGAUUUGCGGGUGUGCAAAGGUCACUAUGGUGCUGCCUUGAUCAAAGCCUGGGAAGACUGGGAUGGGAAGCAUGGUUCAGAGAAUGAUCACCCUAAGGAGUUUCCAGAAAAUCAGAACUAUGUUGUAUUUGUUCAAGAACAUGGGGGUAAAGAUCUUGAAAGCUUUGUGCUUCUGAACACUGAUGAAGCCCGGAGCUUACUGCUUCAGGUUACUCUUGCGUUGGCUGUAGCUGAAGCUGCAUAUGAAUUUGAACACCGGGAUCUGCACUGGGGAAACAUCCUUUUAAGUCGGAAAGGUUCUGAAACGCUAUCUUUCACUCUUGAGGGAAGAAAAGUGAAUGUCAGAACUUAUGGAUUGUUAAUAUCAAUUAUAGAUUUCACCCUUUCAAGGAUUAACACAGGUGAAGACAUACUUUUCCUGGACCUUUCUUUAGACCCUGAAAUAUUUGAGGGUCCGAAAGGAGAUAAGCAAUUCGACACAUACCGAAAGAUGAAAGAGGUUACUGAUGAAUGCUGGCAAGGAAGUUUUCCGAAGACGAAUGUCUUGUGGCUGCAGUACUUGGUUGACAUUUUGCUACUAAAGAAAUCGUAUGAUCGGACAUCCAAAGAUCAGAGAGAUUUACGUUCACUGAAGAAGCGUUUAAAUGGUUAUGGCUCGGCAAGAGAUGCAGCUGCAGAUCCUUUUUUCAGUGAUCUGUUUGUCAACCAUGAAUCUUGAAAUAAAACUUGCUAAUUUCCAUGGAUAUACAUGCAGGUCUUAAACCCCUUAUCAACUACUUAUUUAAGGUCCUGGUAAAUUCAGCUCUAGGGGAUGACAGCAGAAACCAACUUGGUUUCCGUUUCAUGUGGUUAUUUAGUGGCCUAAUUAAUUGAGAAAGUAUUAUGGAAAUUUUCUUUUCCUGCUUUUGUCAAUCAAUAUAUCUGUUGUAUUCGGGACAAAAAAAAUUGAAAAGUUGGAUAUACUCAUGGGAAGCUUCGACGAUUUUUGUAAGCUCGGUGCUUCGUAGAUUGA